GCUGCUGCCUUGGGGGACCCGCCCCGAGAGGCUGUUUUCCUGCCCCCUCGACCAUGUUCACAUUCGGUUUCCUUUUCCUGCAAGGCUGUUGAGUGUCUUGGAGGUACCGCGUGGCUCCUGCGCAUUUUCCAACCCCUGGUUUCUCUCUCUUUCUCUCUCAUCCUCUUGUGGCCCUUCCCUGGACCACUCUGAAGAAAGAUGCUGACUAUCGGGGACUUGCCUGAACACGUCCUGCUGGAGGUGCUGGCCAGGGUACCAGCGAGGAACCUGCUUUGCAACUGCCGGCUGGUUUGCUCCCAGUGGCGACGCCUGGUGGACGACCCCGAGCUGUGGAAGAUCAAGUUCCAGCGAAAGAGCGGACUCGAGACCCAAGAGUCGAAGGCCUUCUUCAUUUACUCCCACAGGGAGAAGAACUUAAUCAAGAAUCCUUGCGGCAAAGAGGGCCUGGACUCCUGGGCGAUGAGAGUCCCUUCCGAGGGCCAGUGGAAAACCGAGGAGCUGUCCGAGGAGGAUUUGGCAGCCCUCCCCACGGAAAGUUUCCUCCAGAGGAAUUUCUACGCAAAAAAGAAAGACUCCUCCCCACAGUGGGUCAACAGAUGCUUUGCUGCGUGUGACGGGCUCUGCGGCAAGGCUCAGCUGAUCAUUCUGAAGGACGUUGGGUACUGGGACGAGCUGAUAGAUGAAGCCAGACCUAACAUCGCCGUGAAUGAAUGCUAUUAUUGUCCCCCUGGCAGCCGCUAUGAACUUAGCGUGAAGCUGUUGGCCGCAGACUUUCAGCUCCUUCACAUCUGCCAUUUGGAAGGGCGAGGUUCGGAAGCUCCACGCUGGCGUCAGAUUUCGCAUAGGUUUAUUGAAUGCCAAGCUGGACUCCGCUACAUCCUCUUUGAACACCUGGCCAUAAACGGGAGCGGCCAGCCGCCCGGGAACAGCGUGAGAGUCACCAGGAGCAGCGUCACUCUUGGGCCGUUUAAUUGGGACGAAGACUUCGUGGAGCCCUUUCCCGACCCAGAUGACGAAGACGGCGCUAGUGGCAGCGGAUGCAACUGAUGAGUACUCCGGGACACCUUUCAAGCUUCUAGUCCCUAACUUUGAGGUGAUGAACUGCAGCCCUGGGACCAGAUGCGGCCCUCCCAUCCGGCCCUCGGGGUUCUCUCACUGGCCCUGCUCUGCCUGCUUCCUUGAGUGCCUUUGCCUGGCAGAAUGUUUCCCAGAGCUGUAAUAAAGCCUCUAGCUUAAGGUUACCAGAUGUCCCCGUUUCCCAGGGACAGUUCCCGGAUUUACAGCUUUCUCAGCAUUCACAUGUACAUAGCAAACAAUAAGUGUCCCCGGAUUCAUUGAAAAAAAUCUGGUAACUUUACUCUAGCUUGCCUGCCUGAAUAGAGAAACCCACGUGUACAAACCUCUGGAUUGUGCAUGGUUUGGAUGAAGCCUUCUGUUGCUCCACCCAUGUUUUGCCUCAAGACGCGCCUACUGCUGAUUUGUGGCCCUUGGAAAGUUGUCCUGGAGGGAAUGAGGACCCCUGCCUUUUCCCUAAACCAAAGCCCUGAUUACUGCACUUCCCAAUGCAAUCCUCCCCCCCUACAGAUAUGAAGAAAUGCUGCAGACAUCUUGAUGUUGAUUUCCUUCUUGUAAACAAAUGCUCCCAAAUCCUUUGCCAGAUGAAUUUGAUGAAUUCGUUUUUCUGCCAUGGCUAUACUGUAUAGCACUGCCUACAAUACUCUUUGAAGAGUAAAUUGUGAUAGCGGACAUUGAACUUACGAAAAGAGAGAGAACUGUCUCACACGAAAAGAGUUAAAGCCUCAAAUUCAAGCUGUUACGAUAAGAG